GACAGGUCAGCAGUUCAAGCUUGCCCAGGACGAGAGAAAAGUGACCAGGUGCCCCCCAUGCCGGCAGGCGUCGUCUCCCCUGCCAGCCGUCGGGUCAGCUCUGCGCUGCCCCCAGCUCCUCACGGGUUAACCCCCCUCGCCGCCCGCUCGCUUCCCGGUGCCAAAGUGGGUGUUGCUGGAAUUCCUCUCUCCCUCUCCGGUAAUGAGGGGGCUGAGCUGUCCCUCCGAGGAGGGGGCAUGAUGGAGAUAAAAGAGACGAAAAAACGGGGGGAAGUUUCCAAAAAUAAAAGCGUCCGUCUCCCCUUCAGAAGGCCGCAGAGACCGGGAGAAGGCGCGAAAGUGCCGCGGCGGUGCGCUCCCGGCUGGAGACGAGCGGACGCCAGGCUCGGAGCGCCCAGCCCCGCAGCGCUCACGCCGCGAAGCCCUCGCCGGGGGCAGGCUGGCUCGGAGUCCCUAGAGACGGAGGAGCGGGCCGCCGGCAGCGGAGCGGAGCGCAGGCGCCGCGCCCCCGGGGCUGCUCUCCGCGCUCCCCGCUCUCCAGUCGCCCCCGGAGCCAUGAGGCCCCCGGCCACCCACCGCUGCACCGGGCGCGCCCCGCGGCACCCCUGCGGGAGCCUCCUGGCCCUCACCCUGGCUCUCUUCGUGGGCAUGGGUCACGCUCAGAGGGACCCGGUGGGAAGAUACGAGCUGGCUGGCCGGGACGCGAACCGGCUGCGGCGCCCCGGGGGCAGUCACCCCGCAGCGGCUGCAGCCAAGGUGUACAGUCUGUUCCGAGAGCAGGACGCGCCCGUCCCGGGCUUGCCGCCCACGGAGCGGGCCCAGCUCGGCUGGGGGAGCGCCCGGAGGCCCGCCAACGCUCUGGCCAGGAGGCCGCCCCGCGCGCAGCAGCCUCGGCGAGCCCAGCCACCUGCGCAGACCUGGAGAAGCGGUCCCUUGGGCCAGCGGCAGCCCGCAGUCCGCGCCCGGGCAGCCCCGGCCCUCCCGCGCCUCGGAACCCCGCAGCUGCCCGGGGCUGCGCCCCCAAGCCCGCCGCGAGGGCGGCUUACGGGGAGGAAUGUCUGCGGGGGCCAGUGCUGCCCGGGAUGGACAACGGCGAACAGCACCAACCACUGUAUCAAACCUGUGUGCCAGCCGCCCUGCCAAAACAGAGGGUCCUGCAGCCGGCCCCAGCUCUGCGUGUGCCGCUCUGGCUUCCGCGGAGCCCGCUGCGAGGAGGUCAUUCCUGAGGAGGAAUUUGACCCCCAAAACAAGAGGCCAGCACCCCGGCGCUCAGCCGAGGGGUCACCCAACCCACGCAGGAGUGGCGGAGCCAGAGAAAGCACCACGACACCCAGAACACGCUCACUGGCAUCACAGCUGCCACCGGCCAGGACCCUGAGUGGGCUCAGCCAGACCCAGCCCUCCCAGCAGCACAUGGGGUUGUCCCGGACGGUCCGGCUUUACCCAACCACCGCAGCCAGCGGUCAGCUCACCUCCAAUGCCCUGCCCGCAGGGCUGGGCCUUGAGCGGAGGGAUGGCACGCAGCAGGCAGCGUAUCUGGACCACCCAUCAUUCCCCUGGGGGCUGAACCUCACUGAGAAAAUCAAGAAGAUCAAGAUCAUCUUCACUCCCACCAUCUGCAAGCAGACUUGUGCCCAUGGACGCUGUUCCAACAGCUGUGAACGUGGCGACACCACCACCCUGUAUAGCCAGGGUGGCCAUGGGCAUGACCCCAAGUCUGGCUUCCGAAUCUAUUUCUGCCAGAUUCCCUGCCUGAACGGAGGCCGCUGCAUCGGCAGGGAUGAGUGCUGGUGCCCUACCAACUCCACCGGGAAGUUCUGCCACCUGCCGGUCCCGAAUCUGGACGGGGGGCAUCCCCAGAGGGGCUCCCGCCACAGGGCCCUGCUGGAAGGCCCCUUGAGGCAGUCCACCUUCACAUUGCCUCUCUCCAACCAGCUGGCCUCUGUGAACCCCUCCUUGGUGAAGGUGCACAUUCACCACCCGCCGGAGGCCUCUGUGCAGGUCCACCAGGUGGCACGGGUGCGGGGCGAAGCCCCGGAGGAGAACAGCGUGGAGACCAGACCCUCGCUCCGGCUCCCCGCCAGCCCCCGCCACAGCCACUGGGACAGCAACAGCAUUCCCACCCGGGCUGGAGAGGCCCCUCAGCCACCGCCCCCGGUAGCACCCAGGCCUCCGGGGCUGCUGGGCCGCUGUUAUCUGAGCUCUGUGAAUGGACAGUGUGCCAACCCCUUGCUGGAGCUCACUGCCCAAGAGGAUUGCUGCGGCAGCGUGGGCGCCUUCUGGGGGGUGACCUCAUGUGCCCCAUGUCCACCCAGACCAGCCUCCCCGGUGGUUGAAAAUGGCCAGCUGGAGUGUCCCCAAGGAUACAAGAGACUGAAUCUCACUCACUGCCAAGAUAUCAAUGAGUGCCUGACCCUGGGCCUGUGCAAGGACUCGGAAUGUGUGAACACCAGGGGCAGCUACCUGUGCACCUGCAGGCCUGGCCUCAUGCUGGACCCAUCCAGGAGCCGCUGUGUGUCCGACAAGGCCAUCUCCAUGCAGCAGGGGCUGUGCUACCGGUCGCUGGGGGCUGGCACCUGCACCCUGCCUUUGGCCCAGAGCAUCACCAAGCAGAUCUGCUGCUGCAGCCGAGUGGGCAAAGCUUGGGGCAGCAAGUGCGAGAGAUGUCCCCUCCCUGGCACAGAGGGCUUCAGGGAGAUCUGCCCUGCUGGCCACGGCUACACCUACUCCAGCUCACAUAUCCGCCUGGCCAUGAGGAAAGCCGAGGAGGAGGAACUGGCCAGGCCCUCCAGGGAGCAAGCACAGAAGAGCUAUGGGACCCUGCUCAGGCCAGCGGAGAGGCAGCCGCUCCGAGCAGUCACUGAUACCUGGCUGGAGGCUGAGACCAUCUCUGACAAGGGAGACGCCCAGGCCGGCCAGGUCACAACCAAUGUUACCCAAGUACCUGCCUGGGUCCCAGGAGAUGCCAUAGAAAGACCAACACCACCACUUCCUGGACAGGAGAUUCCAGAAAGCCAGGAAGAAGAGCAAGUGACCGCCCCCUAUGACGGGCUGGAGGCCCUGGGCCCCGCAGGCGUUGACCGAUGCGCCGCUGGAGCCACCAACAUCUGCGGCCCUGGAACUUGUGUGAACCUCCCAGAUGGGUACAAAUGCAUCUGCAGCCCCGGCUACCAGCUGCACCCCAGCCAGGCCUACUGCACGGAUGACAACGAGUGCCUGAGGGACCCCUGUGCAGGAAGAGGGCGCUGUGUCAACCGAGUGGGCUCCUAUUCCUGCUUCUGCUACCCUGGCUACACGCUGGCCACCUCAGGGGCCACACAGGAAUGCCAAGACAUAGAUGAGUGUGAGCAGCCAGGGGUGUGCAGCGGGGGACGAUGCACCAACACUGAGGGUUCAUACCACUGCCAGUGUGACCAGGGCUACAUCAUGGUCAGGAAGGGACACUGUCAAGAUAUCAACGAAUGCCGUCACCCUGGCACCUGCCCCGAUGGGAGAUGCGUCAACUCCCCCGGCUCCUACACUUGCCUAGCCUGUGAGGAGGGCUACCGGGGCCAGAGCGGGAGCUGUGUAGAUGUAAAUGAGUGUCUGACCCCUGGGGUCUGCGCCCAUGGAAAGUGCAUCAACCUGGAGGGCUCCUUUAGAUGCUCUUGUGAGCUGGGCUACGAGGUCACCUCAGAUGAGAAGGGCUGCCAAGAUGUCGACGAGUGUGCCAGCCGGGCCUCCUGCCCCAUGGGCCUCUGCCUCAACACCGAGGGCUCCUUCACCUGCUCGGCCUGCGAGAGCGGGUACUGGGUGAAUGAAGAUGGCACUGCCUGCGAAGACCUGGACGAGUGUGCCUUUCCGGGAGUCUGCCCCUCAGGAGUCUGCACCAACGCUGCCGGCUCCUUCUCCUGCAGGGACUGUGGGGAUGGUUACCGGCCCAACCCCCUGGGCCACACCUGUGAAGAUGUGGAUGAGUGUGAAGACUUCCAGAGCAGCUGCCUGGGAGGCGAGUGCAAGAACACGGCUGGCUCCUAUCAGUGCCUCUGUCCCGCAGGCUUCCAGCUGGCCAAUGGCACCGUGUGUGAGGAUGUGGACGAGUGCGUGGGAGAGGAGUACUGUGCGCCCCGUGGCGAGUGCCUCAACAGCCAUGGGUCCUUCUUCUGUCUCUGUGCCCCAGGCUUCACCAGCGCAGAGGGGGGCACCAGCUGCCAGGAUGUGGACGAAUGUGCAGUCACAGACCGGUGUCUGGGAGGACACUGUGUCAACACCGAGGGCUCCUUCAACUGUCUGUGUGAGACAGGCUUCCAGCCCUCCCCAGAGAGUGGGGAAUGUGAGGAUAUUGACGAGUGUAAGGACUACGGAGAUUCGGUGUGUGAGGGCAGGAGGUGUGAGAACAGCCCUGGCUCCUACCGCUGUGUCCUGGGCUGCCAGCCUGGCUUUCACCUGGCUCCGACCGGAGACUGCAUCGACAUAGACGAGUGUGCCAACGACACCAUGUGUGGGAGCCACGGCUUCUGUGACAACACUGACGGCUCCUUCCGCUGCCUCUGUGACCAGGGCUUCGAGACUUCGGCCUCCGGCUGGGAAUGUGUUGACGUGAACGAGUGUGAGCUCAUGCUGGCGGUGUGUGGGGCGGCGCUCUGUGAGAAUGUGGAGGGCUCCUUCCUGUGCCUCUGUGCCAGUGACCUGGAGGAGUACGACGCUCAGGAGGGGCACUGCCGCCCUCGGGUGGCUGGAGGUCAGAGUGUUCCUGAGGCCCCACCAGGGGACCACCCCCCAGGCCCCAUCCGCAUGGAAUGCUACUCUGGGCAGAAUGACCAGCUGCCCUGCUCCAGCCUUCUGGGCCGCAACACCACACAGGCCGAGUGCUGCUGCACUCAGGGUGCCAGCUGGGGAGACACCUGUGACCUCUGCCCAGCUGAGGACUCAGAGGAAUUCAGCGAGAUCUGCCCUAGUGGUAAAGGCUACAUCCCCGUGGACGGAGCCUGGAUGUUUGGACAGACCACGUACACAGAUGCUGACGAGUGUGUGAUGUUCGGGCCCGGUCUCUGUCAGAACGGCCGGUGCCUCAACACGGUGCCUGGCUACAUCUGCCUGUGCAAUCCCGGCUACCACUACGAUGCCACCCACAGAAAGUGUGAAGAUCACGACGAGUGCCAGGACAUGGUCUGUGAGAACGGUGAGUGUGUGAACACUGAAGGCUCUUUCCACUGCUUCUGCAGCCCCCCGCUCACCCUGGACCUGGGCCAGCAGCGCUGCGUGAACAGCACCGGCGGCACAGAGGACCUGCCUGACCACGACAUUCACAUGGACGUCUGCUGGAAAAGGGUCACCAAUUAUGUGUGCAGCCAACCCCUGCAUGGGCGCCGCACCACCUACACAGAAUGCUGCUGCCAGGAUGGCGAGGCCUGGAGCCAGCAGUGUGCCCUGUGCCCCCCCAGGAGCUCUGAGGUCUACGCUCAGCUGUGCAACGUGGCCCGGAUUGAAGCCGAGCGCGAGGCCGGGGUCCACUUCCGGCCAGGCUAUGAGUACGGCCCUGGGCCUGAGGACCUGCACUACAGCCUCUACGGCCCGGACGGGGCCCCCUUCUACAACUACCUGGGUCCUGAGGACACCAUCCCAGAGCCACCCUUCCCCAACACAGCCAGCCGCCCAGGGGACCACAUACCAGUUCUUGAGUCCCCGCUGCAGCCCUCAGAACUCCAGCCACACUACGUGGCCAGCCAUCCAGAGCACCAGGCUGGCUUCGAAGGGCUUCAGGCAGAGGAAUGCGGCAUCCUGAAUGGCUGUGAGAACGGCCGCUGUGUGCGAGUGAGGGAGGGCUACACCUGUGACUGCUUCGAGGGCUUCCAGCUGGACAUGGCCCACAUGGCCUGCGUGGAUGUCAAUGAGUGUGAUGACUUGAACGGGCCUGCUGCACUCUGUGCCCAUGGUCACUGCGAGAACACCGAGGGCUCCUACCGCUGCCACUGCUCGCCCGGUUAUGUGGCCGAGGCAGGCCCCCCACACUGUACUGCCAAGGAGUAGCAGUGAUGGCUCAGUGUGGGCACCUACCUGGAAAUGGGCCUGGCCACAGAGGCAGGGGCCUUGAGGAGGCUUUUGUAGCUGGGAAGACACCAUGAAGAAGCAGGCAGAAGGCCCUGCAGCCCAGCUUCCAGCCAGCCCCGCCUGCUACUCUCCCAGCUUAGGUUCUGGCUGUGAGCUUGUCACUGACUUCAUGCUGCCAUGCCCUUGCUUGGCUCAAACACCAACAAAUGCUUUAAUGCUUCAGCCACUGGCCAUGAGGACCAGUCUGCCAUCUGUCCUAGCCUUGCUAUGGAUGCUUACUAAAGGAUGGCCCUCAUCUACCCCCUCAAGCUGUGCAAACAUGCAAGGUCAUCUGGCCUCACAUUGCAGAUAACCUUUCCCAGCCAUGAUCCACAAACAUCCUAUUCCACAACUGGGUCAGAGCUUAUAUUUGCCCAGGGAUGGUCCUUCAGUAUCUCUUGAGCAGAAAAGGAUUGGGGGAAGUUUGGGGAGUGACUCCAAGGCCGCCUCCCCCACACAACCAUCACUUCCACUCAGCCAGUCCUGUCUGGGCCAGAUUCUGCCACAUCUCCAUCCCGUAGCAGUUCUGGCCCCAGGGAGGGGCAGAAGAUGCGCUCAUCUCAGAGGACCAAGACUGACAGCAGCUUGCUGAGUAUAAGAGACACGAGUGAAGGGGAACAAGGAGCCUGAGAAAGCGGAAAGGGCAAUAUGAAAAAUAUGGGGAGUUGUUAAGAAAGGAGGAGCUAGGCUUUCAACAAGUCUAAAGAAAACGUUCAGUAGCUUUGGGUAAACACUCACCAUCUACCCGUGAUAGCUCACGUGCACCUGAACAAGGGCUGCCACAGGACAGGGCGCCCAUCUCUGAAGACCUGUAUUAAAUACCUACUGCUUUUUACAGGAAACAGACCUCUCCUGGGUUCUCCUUUUGUGGACACCAGUUUUGAGGCACUAAAAAAUUAAGGGGUCUGUUUUCUAGCUUGUGAGCUACAGUGCAGUCUUCUGUAGGGGAAGCCAGAUUUCCAGUGUUUUUUUCUAUUCUCAGAUGCCCCUGCCAUCUUUCUGUCAAAAAUGGGAUGGCUGGUCUCCCUCUCAGUUUACAAGGAGAGUCCCACUCCAAUGUGGGCUGGCCGGGAGUUAAAGACCAUGGUGGAAUAAAAAGAUGUACAUCUGGGCUUUUCUGGUUUUUUCAUUUCCUAUUAAACCAGAUUUCUUUACCAUGUUGGCUGUCUACAUAUUAGACAUGAGGCUGAGCCUGCCCUCUUGCCAGCUCUGCCAAUAGCCUAUGAUUGGGAUCCCAAGGGAAAAGGUCCUUUCUUCUGAGACAAGGAAAGCUCUGUCUCUGCAUUUGUCUGAUGUAAGGCAAUGUAGAUGAACGUGCCUGAAGACAUAGGGAUGAAUGCUAUCUUAAUUUUAUCUGUCCUGUCCUAGCGGCUGCUCCGAUUGUCAGCGACCCCGUAAUAACUUACUGAACGCCGGUUAUGUGCCAGACACCACACUGAGAGCUGUAAACAAACUUCAUUUAAUCAUCCAACAAUCCUACUUACUACUUUCAUCCCUAACUUACAGCUGAGGAAAUUGAGACACACAGGAGUUUAAACAGCUAGGUCACUCUACUAGCCCUUUUCAGCAAACAAAAUAUAUAGUUCUUACACAUGUGAAAAUAUUCUGGCCUUCAUUCAUAAUAAAAGAAAUGGGAAUUAAAACCACACAGAGAUGCUUUUUACAAAUUGUCAGAUUGUCAAGGAUCAAAACAUUUAAGACUCCUAGUUGGCAAGCAUCUGAUGAAAGAGGCACUCACACACAGCUGACAGGGGCGGAAACUGACACGACUUCUGAAGAGGAUAAUAUGGCAAUGUCUUUCAAAAUUAUAAAAGCUCUUACUUACUCUUUGAAUCUUCUAGGAAUUUAACCUUCAGAUAUUUUUCACCAAAUGUGAAAUGAUACAUGUCAGAGGUUAUUUAUUACAGCAUUACUUGUAACAGUGAAAGAUCAGAAACUAUUAGUUGCCAUGGAGGCCUAAAAAAGGAAAAAAAAAAAAGUGGCUCUAAAUGCUUUGAUAAGAAACCCAAAUCAGACUAAGGGGGAAAAGGUUUUAUAACAAAGUAUAACAUGUGCUGCUAUUUAUCUAAAGAAAGGGGAAGACAGCUGGGUAUCUGCUGACCUCAUCCUCGCCACUCUGCCUUACAGCCCACAGUUCAGAGAACUUCUUACCACUGUUCAGUACACCUGCUGGCGCUGUGCCUCCUCUCAACCCUCACCUUCCUGCUUACCCUUCCAGAAAAACCUCAUGCACAUAUAUGGGUUUCUUUGUAUCAGAACACAAAGACCACCCUAUGCUUGCUAUUCUGCACUUUGCUUUUUUCUAUAUUUUCACACAAAGAGUCGUCUCACUCUAUAUUAUAAUCGUAUGCUAUUCCACUGAAUGUACAAAUCAUAAUUUGUAAUCAGUCCCCUAUUGACGGAUGUUUCCAAUCUCUUGCUAUUUAUAAGUAAUGCUGUAAUGAAUAUUCUUAUAUGUUAUUUCACAUUAUAUCUAUGGAUCAUACCUGUAGGGUAAAUCCUUAGAAACAACAGUGGUUUGUGGGGAGGGUGACAGGGUAGAUGGGUACAGGAUUGGGACUUUUCACUGUAUCCCCUUUUGUGUCUUUUUGAAUUUUGUACCAUGUGUAUUACUUUUCAAAAAAAUAAAAUAUUUUUAAAUACA